GCUCUUUCUAAAUAUAAAACCGGCGUGAGUUGGGCGAGCGCGGCGCGAGCCUCCGAGCCGCCGCGCGGGCCGGGCGCACCGGACUCGGCCGACGGACGGCGGCGGCUCCGCAGGGGCGCGAGGCGGCGAGAGCGCCCGAGUCGCGACCUCGCGGGGGACGGCGAGAGCGCCGCGCGCGGGCAGGAGGAGGGCGCAGGCGGCGGGCGGGCCUCGUGGGCGCCGCGCGGCCCGCACCGAGCGACCUGAGGCGGCUCCGGGUCGCUGCCGCCCCGCGAGCCGCGAGCCCCCCGCGCCGCCGGGCCGCGCGCUCCCCCUCCGGCCCCUCCCUCCCGCCGCGGCGCAACAUGGCUGCGGCCGCCGCCUCCGCCUCCCAGGACGAGCUGAAUUCUUUAUACAAUUGCAUAUGUACGAGUGGAUGAACAUACCCUUGGUGAUCCAGAGGAUUUUUGUCAAGACUGGAUAAACCAUGUAUCACAUUGAUUGUAGAGAUCAGCUUGAACGGGUCUUUUUACGACUUGGCCAUGCUGAAACAGAUGAACAGUUACAGAAUAUUAUAUCUAAAUUCCUUCCUCCUGUUUUGCUCAAGCUGUCUAGCACCCAAGAAGGAGUACGCAAAAAGGUAAUGGAACUGUUGGUCCAUUUGAAUAAGCGUAUAAAAAGCCGCCCUAAAAUACAACUCCCCAUAGAGACACUGUUGGUUCAAUACCAGGACCCUGCUGCAGUUUCCUUUGUCACAAAUUUUACUAUAAUUUAUGUUAAGAUGGGCUAUCCUCGCCUACCAGUGGAGAAACAAUGUGAACUGGCCCCUACACUUCUUACUGCAAUGGAAGGGAAGCCUCAGCCACAGCAGGAUAGCUUAAUGCAUCUUUUAAUACCAACCCUUUUUCACAUGAAAUACCCUGUUGAAUCAUCAAAAUCAGCUUCUCCGUUUAAUCUUGCUGAGAAACCAAAGACUGUGCAGCUGCUUUUGGACUUCAUGCUAGAUGUCCUUCUGAUGCCUUAUGGAUAUGUGUUAAAUGAAUCCCAGAGCCGCCAAAAUUCAUCUUCAGCACAGGGUUCUUCUUCAAAUAGUGGGGGAAGUUCUGGCAUACCACAGCCUCCCCCAGGAAUGAGCUUUUAUGCAGCUAAACGAGUUAUUGGUGAUAACCCAUGGACACCUGAACAGUUGGAACAGUGCAAAUUGGGUAUAGUGAAAUUCAUAGAAGCUGAGCAGGUGCCUGAACUCGAGGCUGUUCUCCACCUGGUGAUUGCUUCUAGUGACACUCGCCACAGUGUGGCAACGGCAGCAGACCUAGAAUUGAAAAGCAAGCAAAGCUUGAUUGACUGGAAUAAUCCUGCCAUCAUUAAUAAGAUGUACAAAGUAUACCUUGGCGAUAUACCACUGAAGACAAAAGAGGGAGCAGUUCUGAAGCCAGAGCUGAAAAGGGACCCCGUCAGUACGAGAGUCAAGUUAAAGAUUGUCCCCCAUCUUCUUCGUUCCAGACAAGCUGCAGAAACGUUCCCAGCUAACAUUCAGGUGGUGUAUGAUGGACUCUUUGGUACAAAUACAAAUUCAAAAUUAAGAACAUUAUCUCUGCAAUUUGUGCAUCACAUUUGUAUAACUUGCCCAGAAAUCAAGAUUAAGCCAUUAGGCCCAAUGCUUUUGAAUGGCCUCACCAAGCUAAUCAAUGAGUAUAAAGAAGACCCUAAGCUACUGUCAAUGGCAUAUUCAGCUGUUGGAAAACUCUCCAGUCGAAUGCCCCAUUUGUUCACUAAGGAUAUAGCUCUCGUGCAGCAGCUCUUUGAGGCCUUGUGCAAGGAAGAGCCCGAGACUCGACUUGCUAUUCAAGAAGCAUUAUCUAUGAUGGUUGGAGCUUACAGUACUUUGGAAGGAGCACAGAGAACUCUCAUGGAGGCACUUGUGGCUUCAUACUUGAUAAAGCCUGAAGUUCAAGUUCGACAGGUGGCUGUGAAAUUUGCCAGCACAGUGUUUCCCUCAGAUCAUAUACCCUCCAGAUAUUUGCUCUUACUAGCUGCAGGAGAUCCACGGGAAGAAGUUCAUGGAGAAGCACAACGAGUAUUAAGGUGUCUUCCUGGUAAAAACAGAAAAGAAAGUGCUUCUAAGCAGAUGCCUUCUUUCCCAGAAAUGGUAUAUUAUAUCCAAGAAAAGGCUUCCCAUCGAAUGAAAACUCCAGCCAAGUACAUGACUGGGACCACUGUCCUUCCAUUUAAUCCAGCAGCCUUUGGAGAGAUAGUUCUGUACUUACGAAUGUGCCUAGCUCACAGUGCGGGAGUGGUGCCCACCUCUCAGAGUUUGGCAGAUAUGCAAGAUCAUGCCCCAGCCAUUGGACGCUAUAUAAGAACUUUAAUGUCAGGCAACCAGGCAACAUCCUCAUCAUCUUCUUCCAAGAGCGGAGAAACCAACCCUGUUCAGAUCUACAUCGGCCUGCUUCAGCAGCUGCUAGCCGGUGUUGGAGGUUUGCCAGUCAUGUACUGUCUCCUGGAAGCUGUCUCAGUGUAUCCAGAAAAGCUGGCUACCAAGUUUGUAGACAAAACAGAAUGGAUAAAGAGCCUGAUGAACAGCAGUAAAGAAGAGAUGCGUGAACUGGCAGCGUUGUUUUAUUCUGUGGUGGUAUCCACAGUGUCGGGAAACGAGUUGAAGUUGAUGAUAGAACAGCUUAUAAAGACUACAAAAAAUAAUCAUAGCCCAGAGAUACAGCACGGAUCCGUGCUCGCAUUGGGAUUCACCAUAGGAAGAUAUUUGGCUAAAAAGAAAAUGGGAAUGGCAGAGCAACAAGACCUGGAGACAAAUGCUGAUUUCCUGCCUGAACAAGAGGAACUCAUUCAGAGUGCCACAGAGACAAUAGGAUCAUUUUUGGACAGUACAUCGCCCCUCCUGGCAAUUGCUGCUUGUACAGCCCUGGGUGAAAUUGGCAGAAAUGGUCCUCUCCCAAUCCCCAGUGAGGGAUCUGGCUUUACCAAGCAACAUCUUGUGGAAAGCUUACUAAAUAGAAUACCCUCCAGUAAAGAAACAAAUAAGAUGAAAGAACGAGCAAUCCAAACACUGGGAUAUUUUCCAGUUGGGGAUGGAGAUUUUCCUCAUCAGAAACUCCUCUUGCAAGGUCUGAUGGAUUCUGUGGAGGCCAAGCAGAUUGAACUUCAGUUCACUAUCGGUGAGGCCAUUACCAGUGCUGCAAUAGGAACCAGCUCUGUGGCUGCCCGGGAUGCCUGGCUGGUGACUGAGGAAGAGUACUCCCCUCCUGCUGGAGCCAAAGUGAAUGAUGUGGUUCCCUGGGUGUUGGAUGUGAUUUUAAAUAAACAUAUCACCAGCCCUAAUCCACACGUGAGGCAGGCAGCCUGCAUCUGGCUUCUUUCCCUUGUGAGGAAGCUGAGUACCCAUAGAGAAGUGAAGUCUCAUCUUAAAGAAAUUCAGAGCGCAUUUGUGUCCGUUUUGUCAGAAAAUGAUGAACUUAGCCAAGAUGUUGCUUCAAAAGGCCUUGGGUUGGUGUAUGAACUGGGCAAUGAACAAGAUCAACAGGAAUUGGUUUCUACACUCGUAGAAACACUUAUGACUGGCAAAAGAAUUAAACAUGAAGUUUCUGGAGAGACAGUGGUAUUUCAAGGGGGAGGUCUUGGCAAAACACCUGAUGGACAGGGCCUUUCUACUUACAAGGAGCUUUGUUCUCUGGCCAGUGAUCUUAGUCAGCCAGACCUGGUGUAUAAAUUUAUGAAUUUGGCAAACCAUCAUGCAAUGUGGAACUCAAGGAAGGGUGCCGCUUUUGGUUUUAAUGUAAUUGCUACCAAAGCUGGAGAACAGCUGGCUCCUUUUCUGCCUCAGCUAGUUCCUCGUCUCUAUCGUUACCAGUUUGAUCCCAACCUUGGCAUCAGACAGGCCAUGACAAGUAUUUGGAAUGCACUGGUCACUGACAAAACAACGGUGGAUAAGUACUUGAAGGAAAUUCUUCAAGAUUUGAUAAAGAACCUUACCAGCAGUAUGUGGCGAGUUCGAGAAUCCAGCUGUUUAGCUCUGAAUGACUUACUGAGAGGAAGACCCCUAGAUGACAUCAUUGAUAAACUUCCAGAAAUUUGGGAAACUCUUUUUAGAGUACAAGAUGACAUAAAGGAAUCUGUACGAAAAGCAGCAGAACUAGCUCUGAAAACCCUGAGCAAGGUUUGUGUGAAAAUGUGUGACCCUGCCAAAGGAGCAGCUGGCCAGAGAACCAUCGCUGCCCUUCUGCCUUGCCUUCUGGACAAAGGAAUGAUGAGUCCCGUGACAGAAGUUCGAGCCCUCAGCAUUAACACUCUUGUGAAGAUCAGCAAAAGUGCAGGAGCCAUGUUGAAACCACAUGCACCAAAACUCAUCCCAGCUCUGCUAGAAUCCUUAAGUGUAUUGGAACCCCAGGUUCUCAAUUAUUUGAGUCUCCGGGCUACAGACCAAGAAAAGGCUGCGAUGGAUAGUGCUCGACUCAGUGCUGCCAAAUCUUCUCCCAUGAUGGAAACAAUCAACAUGUGCCUGCAAUAUCUUGAUGUGUCGGUGCUGGGUGAGCUAGUUCCUAGAUUAUGUGAACUGAUCAGAAGUGGUGUAGGUCUUGGAACUAAGGGAGGCUGUGCCAGUGUCAUUGUGUCAUUAACUACUCAGUGUCCCCAGGACCUAACACCUUACUCAGGUAAACUUAUGAGUGCUUUACUUAGUGGCCUGACAGAUCGAAACAGUGUAAUUCAGAAAUCCUGUGCAUUUGCUAUGGGCCAUUUAGUUCGGACCUCACGGGAUAGCAGCACCGAGAAACUCCUGCAGAAGCUCAAUAGCUGGUAUAUGGAGAAAGAUGAACCCAUCUACAAGACCUCUUGUGCUUUGACUAUUCAUGCUAUUGGACGCUACAGCCCUGACGUAUUGAAGAACCAUGCCAAAGAAGUUCUGCCUUUGGCAUUUCUAGGCAUGCAUGAGAUUUCUGACGAGGAGAAAUCAGAAAAGGAAGAAUGUAACUUAUGGACUGAAGUGUGGCAGGAGAAUGUACCUGGUUCCUUUGGUGGCAUUCGGUUAUACCUGCAGGAGUUGAUUGCUAUUACCCAGAAGGCUUUACAGUCUCAGUCCUGGAAAAUGAAAGCCCAGGGUGCAAUUGCCAUGGCAUCAAUUGCAAAACAAACCAGCUCCCUAGUACCUCCAUAUCUGGGAAUGAUACUGACCGCAUUACUGCAAGGCCUCGCUGGAAGAACAUGGGCAGGAAAGGAAGAACUGCUGAAAGCCAUUGCCUGUGUGGUGACAGCUUGCAGGUCCCUUGAAACAGCAAGCAUGGACCGGCUCCCGGCAUGGCGGCCUUUAUUAACUGUUGUGACGCUUUUGUAUGGGUCCUGUAGUGAAGAGCUGGAAAAGCCUGUGCCAAAUCAACCCAGCACAAAUGAAAUUCUCCAAGCUGUUCUCAAGGAGUGCUGCAAAGAGAACCCCAAAUACAAAAUUGUAGCAAUCAGCUGUGCAGGAGAUGUCUUGAAGGCCACCAAAGAAGACAGAUUCCAGGAGUUUUCUGACAUUGUCAUACCUCUCAUCAAGAAGAACUCGCCUGAAAGCGUUGGAGUCCGGGCAACCAAAAAUGAAGAAGAGAAUGAGAAGGAAAAGGAGCUGCAGCUGGAAUCUCUGCUAGGAGCCUUUGAGAGCCUGGGCAAAGCCUGGCCCCGAAAUAUGGAGACUCAGCGUUGUUAUCGGCAGGAGCUAUGCAAAUUGAUGUGUGACCGGCUAAAACUCAGCACAUGGAAAGUGCAGCUAGGAGUCCUACAGUCAAUGAAUGCCUUCUUUCAGGGAUUAAUGCUUUUGGAAGAAGAACAUGCAGAUCCUGAGGCUUUGACUGAAAUUCUCCUUGAAACUUGUAAAUCAAUCACAUAUUCUUUAGAAAAUAAGACGUACUCGUCUGUGAGAACAGAAGCUUUAUCUGUGAUAGAAUUACUGCUUAAAAAGCUUGAAGAGUCUAAACAGUGGGAAAGUUUGACAUCUGAGUGCAGAACGCUCCUGAUUGAAUCUUUAGCAACUAUGGAGACAGAUAACCGACCUGAACUAAAGGAGAAAGCAUCAUUGCUGAAGAAAACACUUGAAAAUUUGGAAUAAUUUAGAAGUGGAAGAAACAAACAAGUGCCAUGUUCAUUGUGAUGAAAUUGGUGGUAUUCUUUGAAAAACCAAGUGGGAAAAGUAAAGAUUAACUGUAGCAUGCAUCAUUCCUUGGCUGAAAUAAAAACAAAAAAAAUGCCUUAAA